AUAACUUCAUUAAUAACUUUUUUUUUAUGUCUAAUGGACAUUUUCUCUCUCUAAAAGUUACUUUUUUUCGAGUUUAAGUCAAGCACGCAUUGAACACGGAUUAAGACUCUCCCGCCCCUUUUGACAUCCAUAUUAUUAACCCAAGAAAAGAAAAAAAAAACAAGAAAUGUAGCUUAAGAAAUUAAAGAUGGCCUUUUGGAACAAAAAUGUCCCCAAUUCUUCUUCAUCAUCAUCUUCUAAAUGUUUUCCAAUUCUAGGCCUACUUUCCCUCAUCCUCUUGCAUCCUACCACCACCACAACAACCACCUCUUUUGCUAACGCCAUUCGCGUUGUUGCCAUCCAAAAACCUACCUACGAUGACAUUCCUUCCUUCAGGGAGGCACCUGCUUUUCGCAAUGGCAACUCAUGUAGCUCGCGUAACGUAGAUAAGAUUCAAAUAGUAAUGCCUGUUGAUGCCAAUUAUAUUAGGGGCACCAUGGCUGCAGUGUUGUCUAUUUUGCAACAUUCAACAUGUCCAGAAAACACUUCCUUUCAUUUUCUUUCUAUCUAUCUUGAACCUGAGAUUAUUUCCCUCAUCAACUCUACUUUCCCUUACCUGAGCUACAAAAUCUAUCAUUUUCAUCCUAAUCGCGUAAGGGGAAAGAUAUCCAAGUCUAUUAGACAAGCCUUGGAUCAACCUCUAAACUACGCAAGAAUUUACCUCUCGGACAUUCUCCCCAAGGACGUGCACCGUGUUAUCUAUCUAGACUCGGAUAUCAUUGUUGUGGAUGAUAUUGCCAAGUUAUGGGGGGUGGAUUUGGGAGAUAAAGUCCUGGCAGCACCUGAAUAUUGCCAUGCAAACUUUACAAACUAUUUUACAGACACAUUUUGGUCAGACGUGAAUUUGGCGAAAACGUUUGAAGGAAGGCGUCCAUGUUACUUCAACACAGGUGUAAUGGUGAUGGAUCUUGAUGAAUGGAGGAAAGGAGGGUAUGCCCAAAAAAUUGAAGAAUGGAUGUUAAUACAAAAGCAAAGAAGAAUUUACCAAUUGGGCUCAUUGCCUCCGAUUUUGCUUGUGUUUGCUGGAAACAUCAAAGCAGUUGAUCAUAGAUGGAACCAACAUGGUUUAGGUGGUGACAACCUUGAAGGUAAAUGUAGGGGACUUCAUCCUGGACCCAUAAGCCUAUUGCAUUGGAGUGGCAAGGGUAAGCCAUGGUUGAGGUUGGAUGCCAGAAAGCCCUGUACCAUUGAUUACCUGUGGGCUCCGUAUGAUCUGUAUCGUUCAUCCAGAAUUGCGUUAGAAGAGUGAGUAAGAGCUGAAUAGAACUCGAGAUAGAUUGAUAGAAAGAAAUUGCUGCAAUUGAAAAUGAAAUGGUGCAACAAGUACCAACAUUGAUGCAAUAUAAUUGCAUAGUAUGUCAUUAUCAAGGAAG